CUCCACCAUUAGCCUCUCUCUCUCUCUCUCUCUCUCUCUCUCUCUCUCUCUGUUUUUAAUUUUUCUUUCUUGGGUGCAUGUGUCUUUUGGUGGAAUGCUUGUCACCUACUCCUUUAGUUCCCACUCUCUCUAUACUUCUUCCCAAGCUCUUCCUCUCUAAAGAAAAAGGAAAAAGGAAGGAAGAGAGAGAGAGAGAGAGAGAGAGAGAGAGAGACUCCCACCAUCAUCUAUCCCUCUCCUUCUCUAUCUCUCUCUACCAAUGGAAAAACGCACUUGCAAGCUCUGCUCCAAGACCUUCUCAAAUGGCAGAGCGUUGGGCGGUCACAUGCGUUCUCACAUGACCAUCCUCUCUCCUUCUCCUCCUCCAAAACCCCAAUCCCAACCUUCUCCUUCAUCUUCUUCCUCUUCUUCUUCUUCUGAAGAAGAAGGAAAUGAAGCUGAAGAAGCCAAAGCUCUCUCCUAUGGUCUGAGAGAGAACCCCCAAAAGAGCUUCCGCAUCGUCGAUCCUGAGUUCUCCUUUGCCUUCGACGCCGGCUCUGUAGUCCAAGAUCGAGAAAGCGAGACCGAGUCUUCCAAGCACCCAUCCCGCUGGCGAUCCAAGCGUACCCGCAGACAGGCCGAGUCAAAGCCCGAGCUCGAGCUUGAACCAGUCAGCUCUGUUUCGGACACCACUACAGAAGAAGACGUCGCUCUCUGUUUGAUGAUGCUGUCGAGGGAUAUAUGGAUGAAAGACAGCAUCAAAGCCCUACCAGAAUCGGAGGAGGAAGAAGAAGAUGAAGAAGAAGACGAAGACGAGGACGAGGAAGACUACUCAGCCCCGGAGCUGAAAUUCUACCCAAAAGGAAGAAGCAAGUACCAGUGCGGGACAUGCAAAAAGGUGUUCCGCUCUUACCAGGCUUUGGGUGGGCAUAGGGCCAGCCACAAGAAGAUCAAAGCCUUUACUACUGCUGCUACUCCCCCUGCUACUUCAGCGAUGAGAAUUCAAGAAAGGGAAUCGGCCACAGUUUCUGCGGGCCGCGCCGACGAUCGGAGAGUCCACCAAUGCCCUGUUUGCUUCAGAGUCUUCGGGUCCGGUCAGGCGCUGGGCGGCCACAAGCGAUCUCAUCUCUCUGCUUCUACUUCUGCAGCUGCUACCGCCGCCACGAAAUUCAACGAUAAUAUGAUAGAUCUCAAUCUCCCAGCACCAGUUGAAGACGACGAUAUCAGUCAGGUCGAACUGUCAGCAGUCUCCGAUGCAGAAUUCGUCGAUCCAGCCAAGUAGUCGUCGGGACCCGACCGGAAUCGGACUACAUUCUCAUCACAGAAUCCACCCGAUCGGAUGCGAAUUCGAGGUAAAUUCUUUCGAUACUUGUAUGCAGUAGCUCUGCUAUUUGGGGAAAUGAUUUCUCUGUAUUUACACAUUUCUCCUCCUUAUUUUAUGUUUUUUUGUUUAUUUUUUGCUGACUGUAAUUCAUAUCCUUUUUUUCUUUUUCUUUUUUGAAAUUGUCAUGUUUAAUUAAGUUUACUUAGCUGUAACAACUGAUUAGUGGAUGCAUUAAUGGAAAUUAAUGGGAAUGAGAAAUAUUUAAAUAUUA